AUGCGCUCUAUCGGUAACCCGAACGAGAUCCGAACGUUUGUCAAUUAUCAUUCUGCCGCACCUGGUCACCCUAGUUUCUCCACAACGAGUCCGCAUGUACUAGGAUCAAACGCGCCAAAUGAAGCCAAGUAUGUAUCGAUGGCGUCUGAGUCGCAGCUCGAUGGCUUGCCUCGCCCUUCCGCCGCUGAUCAAAGUGCUCAAAGGUCGUUUCAGGCUAACAACAUACCAUUCCCGGAAAUCUCAACUUCAUCAGACUUUCAGAUGUUCAGUCCCGACACGCCUGUCCCCAUGGUCUCUUCCCCACAUGUUCGGAAUCUGGAGGACUCUAAGCAAGCUCUCUCAACUAGCCUGUCUAGCCAGGCCAAAAUCGCAUCACCUCAGGUCCACUUUGGCCAUCCACGGCAGCCUAGUCGCUUACCAUCAACAUUCACGCAACCAUGGCCGCAUGGGCCACCGCCAUCUCAUCCGCCAUACACAUCAUCAUCUUUUGAUCAACCCAGCUUACCCAACGGCGCUGCCGUCACAGCUUACCUAGGCGAAGCAGUCUGGCGGCCCUCAAUGGGCAUGUACGGUGUACCUACCACCGAGGAAAAGAAAGGCUACUACGUUCGCAAGAUCUGUCUCAGUUUAGUCAAUCUCUACAACCUAUGGGACGACCCCAAAGAUGUCUUAACCUUCGCUGUCAAGUUCGCAGACACGGGUAUAUGGUCUGACGCAAAAGACAUCGAGACGAUAGCCCAUAUUGUUGUCAACAACGCUAUGCGUAUACACAAGUUUGGCGUCACUGGUGUAGCGUUUCGUCGAUCGCCGGAGUUUGAGAGCCUGAACGUGGAAGACAUGUAUUUCACGUUCCCACAGCGUAUCCAUUAUCUUGCACGUCUCCUCUAUCACUCGAAGGUCGCAGCCGACAACGUCAUGUCAGGUAGGGAUGUAGCCAAAUACGUUGCUUUGCCAAUCACCUCUCUUCGCCGCCUACCCUUUUUCGAAGAGGAGUGGUCGCGCAUGUCACAAGUCGAUCGGGCGGUACAAACAGAGAUUGUACCGUAUCCAGAUGGGUUGAAACAUCCUUCUCCAACUGAGCGAGAGCAACUAUCAGCGCAAGUAGCUACUCUGCCAUCGCUGGUAAAUGACUAUAUGGUGACGGACGGCCAUUUGGCUACCUUUCGUCAGAAGCAUCUUUCGCCGAAUGAGCUGGCUUAUGCAGCGUUGAGAUCAUUCCAGCAAUUGUCUCACAAACGCCCGAUGGACCGAGAUCAAGGAUCUGAAGUGGAACCGGCUGCUAAACGCUUUCGUACCAGCGGACAUAUUCCUUUCGACAGCAAGUUCGGGAAUUCAGGAGAUGAAGAGAACGAUUGA